AUGUAUAAUUAUGGCGUUGCAGACAAGUUGCUGCGCUUUCUCCUCCCAGUCGCUCUUUGUGUGACGAUAUAUCUGUAUCUAUAUCCACUCUUUCACGGAUGUGUCUUUCCAGCGACCGAUGGGUCGGCGACGUCGUCCCUUAUCAGUACAGUCCGACGACAUCUCCUCUUUGACCACACCUUAGACACCGGCAGUGACUCUGUGACUGCUCCUUUCCGGCUGCUGGCCCUUGCUGAUCCUCAGCUCGAGGGGGACAGUUCCCUUCCCAAACCUGACGAUGCCUUCAUACCUAAACUCAAACGGCGCUGGACGAGCCUGCCCACCACCAAGUCUCACGAACUAUCGCCUUUUCUGGAGCUAGCUCGAGAUGUGGCCCUUCAAGACGUCCCGGAAGCACUGGGGGCGCUGCGCAAGCGUAUUGACCUCUUCGGCAAUGACUACUACCUGGGUCACAUAUAUCGAACACUGCACUGGUGGACACGACCCACCCACGUCACUGUGCUCGGAGACCUCAUUGGCAGCCAAUGGGUGACCGACGCGGAGUUCGAGUGGAGAGGAUGGAGGUUUUGGAAUAGGGUCUUUACGAAGGGUCACAGAGUUGAAGACCAUAUCAGCCUUUUGGACAGCGAAGCGCAGGAAAGGAUCUUUGAGCUGGAGGACGCAAGCUGGACGACCCGAACCAUAAACAUUGCUGGUAACCACGAUAUUGGUUAUGCGGGAGACAUCUCUCGAACUAGGGUGGACAGGUUUGAGAGAGUCUUUGGCAAAGCCAACUGGGAUGUUCGCUUUCAAUAUCCCGGGUCCAACGCCACACUUGUUGCACCAGAGACAGUGGCACCAUCCCAUCCGUCGCUGCAUCUUAUUGUCCUCAACAGUCUCAUCCUGGACGGCCCUGCAUUCUCAGACGAUCUCCGCUCUGAAACUUUUGAUUAUCUGAAUGGCCUCAUCAACCACCGUUUGCGACCUGUAGAGGACCGAUCGUCUUUCACUCUUCUGCUGACCCACCUUCCCCUGCAUAAGAAGGAAGGAACUUGUGUUGAUGCUCCAUUCUUCGGCUACUGGCCGAAUGACGAUGGUGGUGGGAUGUAUAAGCCUCACGGAAUGAGGGAGCAGAAUCAUCUGAGCGAGGAAGCAAGUCGUCAUGGCACAUUGCAGGCUUUGUUCGGUAUGAGUGGUGAUCGUGACGCGCCAGCGCAAGGCAAGGGAAGAAACGGCCUGAUUUUGACCGGUCAUGACCAUGAAGGUUGUGAUACCUGGCACUUUGUCCCUGCAGAUUCCGUUUGGUCAACUUCCGAAGGCCAGCAUGAGGAUAAGGGAGAGACAAUAUGGGAUGUUUCCAGGUGGGAGCACGCCAGCCAGGCCACUUCUCACACCGGGGUUCGCGAAAUUACACUUCGAAGCAUGAUGGGAGAUUAUGGUGGCAAUGCAGGACUCCUCAGUGCUUGGUUUGAUCAGGGAGAAGGAGAGUGGAAGUAUGAGAUCCAAAUGUGUGGUCUGGACCUCAAGAUCUGGUGGGCAGUCCAUAUCAUGGACCUGGUCGUCCUGGGUUUGUCUUUGUUCAGCCUCUUCACCCACCGCCUUCACAUUCACGCCAGGUCUGGUGCGGCCAACAGAGCUGUUGCCUCACCGCGCGAUGUGAAGACAACAAAGUAA